ACAUGUCUUUGUUUCGCCUUCGCUGAACACUUUCAACGGGAUCGUUCAAAAGUUUCAUUUAAAAAAAAUGGUCAAAGACAGCUUUUAGGAGUGGUUAAAACGUCGUACUAUAACGCAAAUAAACAACUUUUGCAAGGGAAUUUGUUUAAAAAAAGUUUUAAAAGUCGAUUUUAGGCAACAUAAUAAAUUUUAUCAGUAAUGGCCGCUGUGCCAAACCAAAACCAGAAGCUCCACCAAGAAAAUAUGACAAACAACAUAUCAGUAAAAAUGGACGAUCAUGUACAUUUCAAGCCUAACAUCCAUUUGCUAUCCAACAAAAGUCAUCACAGUUCUGGAGUGUAUAAUGUGUUAUCUGGCCAAAAUCAACGACAGUCCCAACAACAACAACAACAACAAACAUUUCAUCCACCUUCAUUAUUUUCCAAUACAAUAAGACAGCCUACUGAAAGUCUAUCCUCUAGUGGGUUACGCAUUGACGAAAGUGCACAAAGUAAUACUUCUCUUAACUUCAAUUCUAAUCAUGACAACUCAAAUGUAUCUGGAGCUUUUAGAUCCAACACAACAGUACAUGCCCCUCCUCCGCAGAUAUUUAAUGCAUCUUUAAACAGUGCUAAUCUAAUGACCACUGCAAGCGAUCAUAACAUGGUUGGCAGUUCUCACCAUAAUGAAAAAAGUGCAGCAUUGUCAAACCAAGCCAACCCAGGGUAUAACACUGGUAUAGGAAUGGGAAGUUCUGUUCCGGUGGACAUGCCAACAAGUUCUUCUGGCAGUCAAAACAGUCAGACUAGUUCAAGUACUCAACAGUAUAGUCAGUCCAGUGUUGGUAUGCCGUAUUCUCAGCCAAGUUCUGGCAUCCACAGUCACACCCAAUAUUCUCAAAGCUCAUACUCGCAAAGUAACAGUUAUCAAAAUUCAAGUGGCAAUCUUGUCCAGUUGGAUGGACAACAAUCAUCAAAUGGCCAGCAGCCAACUUAUGUAUUGUUACAAGCUCCCAAUGAUGGGGAAUCUGGCACACAGCCACAAGUGUUUCUCGCAAUGCAGACACCAGGUAUGACAGGACAAGACCCACAACAACAACCUUACAUUACAUUGCAACCAGUUAAUGUGGAUGGAUCAGAGUUAAGCAAUAAUACGUUGGUACAGGAUGGUGUAAAUCUUCAACAAGCAGUUAUGGGAAACAGUGAAAUCAAUUCUGAUGGCAAGCAAAUAUCAACUGAAAGUGGACAGCAGGUAGUUUUAAGCUUACCAGGACAACAAGGUCUCAUCCCUUCCUCGUCUAACAAUGGACAACAAAACAUGGUCACCUACCUACAACCUCUGGGUGGAAUUGGUGUACCUGUAUCAAAUAUGGAACAAGGGCAAGUCAUCAUGGCGUCUAGUGACCUUCAGGGCAAUCUUACGCUGCAUAAUGUUCCUGGUUUGUCAGGAACCACUAAAAGAAGUGUGGUUCCUUCUAAUCGUAAUGUUGGUUUGACGACACCUCGACGGCGACUUAGUACAGAUCCCCGCAGUUGUGAUCAAUGUGGACGAUGUUUCAAAUACCCCUCUGAUUUAAAGAAGCAUUUACAAAUACAUACAGAUAUAAAGAAAUUCGCAUGUGAUGAGUGUCCGCGCAUGUUCCGUCGUUUGCACCAGUUGAAUGUUCAUCGAAGGAUACACACAGGGGAAAAGCCGUAUGUGUGCAACCGAUGUAGCGCUCAGUUUCGUCACGACUCUACAUUGACAAUGCAUAUUCGAACACGUCACGAUCAUCUGAAACCAUUUACCUGUGACGGCUGUGCGAAAAAGUUUGGUCGUAUGUCACAUUUACGGAAACAUCAACGAAAUGUAUGCGGUCGUAGCAGCUUGCGUGGUUCAGUGGUGCAGUGCAAGUACUGCGAGUUAUCUUUCCCCAAGAAAUCAGAGUUAAAACUUCAUUUUUCCGUCUGUGAAAAGAAACCGGAUAGAAUGGAAAAAGAGCUGAUGUCUCCAACUAACUACGUUUGUGAGACGUGUGGUAAAGAGUUUCCACGUGUUUAUGAUUUUAAACGACAUCAGUUGUCACAUUCCGACGAGAAGCCGUAUGGAUGCCCGCAGUGCGGGAAGACUUUCAAGGAACGAUCUUCCUUAAACAAACACGUCAAAAGAAUGCACUGUAGCGAAGGUGACGGAACUAUUCCUAUUGACGACGACGGUAUAAUAGCUGGCGACGAUGAUGACGAAGAUGAGCUGUCCGGGGAGGAACAUGACAGGCGUUCUGGACUGAUGACUUUGUCAAUUAGCAACACACGAUCAUCUUCUUCAUCUGUUACUGCUCAAGCUCUAGCACAAGCUGGUAUCAUUACCUCAAGUGAUGGACAAGUACUUGCAGCUAAUGGACAAGCGAUUAGCGCCACUGAAAUCUUAAAUUUUCCAGAAGUUGCUGAAGCUUUGGGUAUAAAUUCCGGAGCUCAUGCCACGGUGUUGGAUUCGGAUGGUAAUUCCACUAUGAUAGCCAUCACGCAACCCGGAAACCUGGAAACAAGUGAAGUAUCCAUGGAUAUGGAGCAAAAUAUUAUUCAUGACGAUAAUAUAAUAUCGAGUGAGAGUGCAAGCACAAACACAGAGCAAUACAUCCCCUCCACAGAGUCACUAAACAUGAAUCCUGUGUCCGUUGACUCCGAUACUAUAGACCCGACCGGUGAUAUAAAUGUUGACUAUACGAAUGAAAACAAUGAGAGUACGAUAUAUAAUUCCACGUCUAAUGAUGAGUAUGCUUCAACACUCGGUUCAUCCAUGGUGUUUAAACAAGAAGAUGAUGCGCAACAAUUCGUUAAACACGAAGACUUAGCGGAUCACGUGAAAGCUGAACAAGCUGCUGCACAUGAUUUAUCACCCGAGGAGGAGCAGCCGAACGUGUUAACUCCUGGUAUAUUGGAGGAGAACGCUUCAGUAUUAAAUUCGGUAUAAAUUGGUAAUAGGAUUGUUAUUUAAUAUGUACUAAUUAAAGAUAAAAUUAAUCUGCUUCCCGCUUAUGUAUAAUAACCUUGAUUGUUCCCAGGAAAAUUUGUAAUGAGUAAUUUACGAAUGAUUAUAUGUGAAUAAUCCAUAUGGUGUUAGAA